UCCCUGGCCACUCGCACGCCUCCGCAAAACCCUAGCAGCCGCAGCCGCAGCGCCCACCUCCUCCUUCUGCAGGACCGCGGCGGCAGCGAGAGGAAGACAGGAUGGCGACCUCGACGGCGCGCACGGUGAAGGACGUCAACCCCCACGAGUUCGUUACGGCCUACUCCGCCCACCUCAAGCGCUCCGGCAAGAUGGAGCUCCCAGAGUGGGUUGACAUUGUCAAGACUGCAAGGUUCAAGGAGCUCCCGCCACAUGACCCUGACUGGUACUACAUCCGUGCUGCAUCCAUCGCGAGGAAGAUCUACCUGAGGCAGGGCAUUGGUGUCGGUGGCUUCCAGAAGAUCUAUGGUGGGCGCCAGAGGAAUGGCUCACGACCCCCACACUUUUGCAAGAGCAGUGGUGCCAUUUCUCGCAACAUCCUGCAGCAGCUGCAGAAGAUGGGCAUCAUUGAUGUUGAUCCCAAGGGCGGAAGGCUCAUCACCUCCCAGGGAAGGCGUGAUCUUGAUCAAGUUGCUGGAAGGGUUGCUGUUGUUCCCUAAGCUGUUUGAAUCCACCUAAUCCAGUUAUGUUUGGUAGUAGAAUUUGACUACAGUUUUGAAUCAGGAUAUCCCCUGCCUUUGAUGGUUGAAAGUAUUCAAAGUCGGAACUAAAUUAAUUGCCAGUUAUGCUUGUGAACUCUUGUGAUGUGGUACGUGCUGUGGUUAUGCUAGUCUGCAAUCAUUGUUUUUUACUCAA